AUGGCUCUCAAACGCAAGGCGUCCUUCACCACCAUCACGUCCCCAAGGCCCCACAGCUCCUCAAUCUACCUCAAUCACGACCAGACCUCCCCAACCCCAAUGCCCUUCCUAGGAACCGCGACAAUCACCGUCGACGAGCCCCCACGACACCUCCACAGCCGCACCCGCAAACGUUUCCGGAACGACCGUCCGGACGAGCAGACCAUAUACGAUAAAACCCUCCAAUGGCUCUUUUCCGCCCAGCGGCAGCCGCAGAGUACCGCAGAACCCACCCUGGGAACGUCUACAGCGGAAGCCCUCAAACAACAGCAACAGCCACCGCCACUAGAUCCGAACCAACACACGCUGCAGAGGUUCUUCCAGCCAGUCCGCACGUCGCGGAAUGAUACCCAGAGCAAUAUCCAUAGCCAUGGAUUCAAGAACGGCAUGUCUCCCGCUACCUCCCAUAUGCCAAAUAACGGCUUGUCGAUACCCAGCCACACGCCGGCCGAGGGUCCGGGUGGGAAUAUGAGUAUGGACAUGGACAUGGACAUGGGUAUGGAUACGGAUUUGGGUGCCUGUGCUGGUGUCCGGGGCUUCGUGCCAGUGCAUAUGUCGAUGGACCGGGAGCCGGGGCAGGUACAUGUACAGCGGCAGCAGCACGAACACGAACAGGAGCGGAGGUGGGUUGGUGGGAUUGGGUGGAUGUAG